AUGGAAUCUUUUGAUCUUGCUCCCGAAGGGCUUAGGGAGCUUAUGAGAGAAGAUCAUGAAAUUCAGAUGUUUGAAAACUUCAAGGCUACAUCAGCAGAUGCAUUGCACCCGGGUUUUCGGCAUAAGGCUCUCCUUGAUGAUCAAAGAGCCGAAUUCAGGCCCCUACCAUCAAAGUUUGUGCUAAUCUCUCUGGGAACGCGGACGGCGGCUAACCAAUUUCCAAGCCUUCUGAAUUUAAAAUUAUCAGAGGCAUUGCGGGAUACUUCUCUCAUCGCCGACUUGAAGUACAAGCCACAAGGCUGUGGCUGGGAAGAUGUGCUGAAUUGCAUUGCCGCCGUAAAAGCAUCCUACGAUGACAAGGGAAAGAACAAUAAAGCGUGGAAACAACGAAUCAAGAACAAGGAUGAAAUUCUUCAACAGCUUGAUGACUUGCCACUAUUGCUCUCAGAGGCGACUGAGAAGUGGAAACUGUACCCUCAUGACAAACGGUUGCAGGGGGCAGUUGAGAACCUUUGCGGAACCGUUGUGGAUUCGAUGACCAUAUUAAUUGAGGUCCUACUUCGGACACAAAGAGGUUCUUUCAUCUCCAAGAACAUGCGUCGCGCACCUGCUGUGGAGUCACAACGCAUAGACCACGCGACCAACAUGAUUGCGGAAGCUAAAAAGGUGCUCAAGAUUUAUAUCGAUAGACUCGAGAAUGAGGCACUGGCAAGAAUCAACGACGCAUCUACUAGUACUUCGUCAGAGGUCAAAGCUAUUCGACAAGCCAUACAUAGGCACUACGGAAUCAUGAUGCGCGCCAUCGGUGACAUCGCUACUCAGCAACGGCUUGGCUACACCACUGAUCCGGCCGCUCGGAGUCCUUUAUAUUUAUUCGCGGCUGAGAAGCUAUGUAUCACCAAGAACGAAUUGGCAAAACAUUUAAGGGUAUCUGAGAUCUACUCGGUAAAUGAGGAUGUUGAGAGAGUGCACCGGCAAGCAACCAACGUUACGACAGAGGGGCUUGAACAGGCUCGGAAAAUCUUGUCUACGGCAGAAGUCACCGACUGGUUGAGUAAAGACGAAUCAAAGCUGAUCUUAGUCGAUGGUCAUUGCAAGAACCACGGUUACGGCAAGACUAGUCCUCUCUCCGUCUUCUGUGCGUCGUCCGCCUCCGCCCUCGACGAGUCGCCAUCCCUCGUCAUUCUGAAAUACUUCUGCAGCCACCACAGCUCUAAUUCAGAAAACCUCCCUGCCGGACCAUUGGGGCUCAUCAAAAGCCUGCUUGGACAGCUCCUCCACAAGUCAGAUGAUGUCCUUCCAUUGGAUCUGCACCUGGACAACGAACUCUUGGACAGAGCGGACCCCGAUGACGUCCCCGAUCUUUGCGAGGUAUUCGCCAGCAUCUUCUCCCAAAUAAAUCCAGCCAAGAUUACGAUAUGCAUACUUGAUGAGAUUGCUGAGUUCGAGGGCGAGCGUGAUGGAUGGGGCGAGAGCAUGCGCUUCAUUGCAUAUCAGCUAAGAUGGAUGGUCCACAAUUUUGAAGGUCCACAGAUGAUCAAGGUGUUGAUGACAAGUGCGAAUAAGUCAGCUGUGGUAUCUAACAUCCUCGAGCAAAACGACAAGAUCUCUGUAAGAGCUGGCUUGGGCUUCCUAAUCACCCGCCUGGACGAUUGGCGAUGA